GUCGCCGCUGCCGGGUUGCCAGCGGAGUCGCGCGCGGGGAGCUACGUAGGGCAGAGAAGUCAUGGCUUCUCCGUCCAAAGGCAAUGACCUGUUUUCGUCUGAUGAGGAGGGCCCGGCGAUGGUGGCUGGGCCGGGCCCUGGGCCUGGGGGAGCGGAGGGGGCCGCCGAGGAGCGCCGCGUCAAGGUCUCCAGCCUGCCCUUCAGCGUGGAGGCGCUCAUGUCGGACAAGAAGCCGCCCAAAGAGGCGUCCCCACUGCCAGCCGAAAGCGCCUCCGCCGGGGCCACCCUGCGGCCACUGCUACUGCCCGGACACGGCGCCCGGGAAGCCCACAGCCCCGGGCCGCUGGUCAAGCCCUUCGAGACCGCCUCGGUCAAGUCGGAAAACUCAGAAGACGGAGCCGCAUGGAUGCAGGAACCCGGCAGAUACUCGCCGCCGCCAAGACACAUGAGCCCCACCACCUGCACCCUGCGGAAGCACAAGACCAAUCGGAAGCCAAGAACGCCCUUUACCACGUCCCAGCUCCUGGCUCUGGAGCGCAAGUUCCGCCAGAAACAGUACCUCUCCAUUGCAGAGCGUGCAGAGUUCUCCAGCUCUCUGAACCUCACAGAGACCCAGGUCAAAAUCUGGUUCCAGAACCGAAGGGCCAAGGCGAAAAGACUGCAGGAGGCAGAACUAGAAAAGCUGAAAAUGGCUGCAAAACCUAUGCUGCCCUCUGGCUUCAGCCUCCCUUUCCCCAUCAACUCGCCCCUGCAAGCAGCAUCCAUAUAUGGAGCCUCCUACCCUUUCCAUAGACCUGUGCUCCCCAUCCCGCCCGUCGGACUCUAUGCGACUCCAGUCGGAUAUGGCAUGUACCAUCUAUCCUAAGGAAGACCAGCUCCAUAGACUCCGUUGAUGGAUGUUUGUUUAAAUGGGUCCCCCCCUCCCUCUCCAAGAAGGCAGUACCAAGCCUGUACUCCUGCUCUGCAAACCUUGCAUGCGCCACCCUAAGCGGCUAGGCCCACAGGGCCACAGACAUAGUUUGAAUUUGUUCUUUAGGCUGGAGGCACCAAGCCCCAUUUUCUUGGUGUGAUCUUCUAGAUGCCCCCUCCUCCUUUCACAAAGAUUGGCUCUGAUGGUUUUUCUAUAUAAAUAUAUAUAUAUAUAAUAAAAUAUAAUGACAUUUUUAUACAGCA